AUGCUGCCGGGGUUUUGGUUGAGGCUCUAUGCGGAUUACUUGUUAUUAUGGCACGGUUCUCGCCGUUGUAUGUUUGUAAAGUAUAGAGCUUUUCAGGGCUGUCCUGAGAUCGGAAUAUGCGGGUUUACCUCCUCAGGCGUGUCAACUCUGCAUAAAGUUUCUGGGAGCCUCAUGCAACCCGACCUAACCUCAAAGAGCCGGGCCGUGUACCCACAUCUCGAGCUUCCCGACACAGCUUCCGAGGUUACCGGGCUUUCGCAGAAUGCCCCCUACGACCUACAGAUCGUUGAGCGUUGCACUAACAGCGCAGCCGACAGCCCUGCAGCGAUGCCGGAGGAGGUGCUCUGGACGCUGCCGGGCUACUGGGACAUUCAUGUCGGCCCCCAUUCCUCCUCGACCUAUGUGGUGACAGACACCCAGGAGGACCAUGCCGGCUGCGAGGUCAUCAAGGCAAACGGCAGAUUGCGCAGGGUUUGGCUCUAG